UUGAACAAGUGCGCAGUAUUGGGAAUGCUACAUCUUGCUUUUUACACCAUGCUUGUGACUGUAAUUUCUCCUCAAUUUUAGAACUGACUGAUAAAGUCUUUAUAUCUGAACAUUGCUUUUUUACAUAUUAUAAAAUGCCUACCACAUGCAGUGCUCCAAGAUGCACGAAUUCUAAUAAAGACGGAUAUUGCUGCACAAUGUUUGCCCAAGAUCCUAAAUUGAAACAAAAAUGGAUUGAUGCUGCUGGAAUUCCUGAUUGGAAACCUUCAAAAUCAGCUGUACUGUGUGAGGUUCAUUUUCAUUCAUCAGAAUUAUUCCGCGUUGGUAGCAAAAAACUUAUAAGGAAAGGUGCCAUACCAAGUUUGUUUUGCAAAUGUCAACAACCUAUGAAAAGGAAAUCCCUUGCAGAAAUUCAACCAAAACAGCAAUGUAAUGAAUCAAUUGAAUUUCUUCCUCACAAAAAAGAAUUAAGGAGUGAUCAUUCAUAUGUUGCUACAAAAAAUUCUGAGAAGCAAGAAAAAAAGAGAUGCAAUAGAGAACACUAUUUCAGAUUAUACUCCUGGAGCUCAAAUAAGAAUUAAUAAAGAAGUGUUUGAUAUUCUUGAAGAGACAGAAAGAAUUAUAUGGAAAAUCAAGUCCAAAUUAUUAGACAAGUCUAUGAAUGACAGUUUAAUAUCUUAUCUUCAUACUGCUUUGAAACAUCUCCCUUUAAGCAUUUGUCAUUAUGUUAGGGACAAAUUAAUAUCUCGAUUUAUGUCAAUGCGUAUAAAGCAAUUAUCGGUAACUGUGAAUGCUACAAAAAAUAUGAACAAGAAUAUAUCAUCAGCUUUUGGAAGUAAGACGAUGGGAACAGAAAUAUUAGCUGAUAGGCUUCAAAUAGAAAAAUUAUGCACGAAAAUACUGAGUUGGAGAUAAAGUUAUUUUUGAGAU